GUUGAUGAAGAUGAAGAGAUCGAGGAGGACGAGGAGGAUGAGGAGGAGGAGGAGGAGGAUUGGAAGGAGGACGAGGAUGAGGACGAGGACGAGGAAGAUGAGGAGGUGGACAAAGAAGUGGAGCUAGAGGAUGAGGAGGUGGCCAAAGAAGUGGAGCUAGAGGAUGAGGGUGUCUCUGGUGAGGAUGAUGCAACCAACAAAGUUGAUCCACCGGCUGGUGAUUCAAGGGAAACAGAACCAACACCACUAGAAGUUGUUCCUUCUCAAUCAAGAAGGGAAAGGCUGAGGCUCCCUCCUCCUGCUAGUGUUGUGGAAAAGAAUGAAAAAUCAAAAAAGCACACUAAAGUUGAUGCACCGGCUGGUGAUUCAAGGGAAUCAGAACCAACACCACUAGAAGUUGUUCCUUCUCAAUCAAGAAGGGAAAGGCUGAGGCUCCCUCCUUCUGCUAGUGUUGUGGAAAACAAAGAAAAAUCAGAAAAGCACUCUAAAUGGGAUUUUGAUCCCCCACCAAUGGACAUUAUGAGAUUCAUUGAUUUUCCCACACCCCGUGAACGUCCACCAUCAAAGCCAAGUGAAUGUAAUUCAGAAAGGAACGCAAGGAAAUAUGAUGAUGAUUAUUUUUGGGACAAUUUAAGUGAAGAACAAUUUAAAGAACUUGAUGCCCAAAUUGAAGAUAUAGAAAGGAAUAGGACAGAUAAGUUACUUUCUAGCAGUGCAGUUAAGCAAACUCCUGUACCUACAGAUAACCCAAUUGAACAUUCAGAAAGGAAGCCAACAAGAGUUGAAAAGACAACAUCAGCUACAACCUAUGGUCUACAAUCUGCUCCCAGCACUUCACACACACCUGCGUAUCAACCUCCGCCUAGGAGGCCAGCACGACCAGGGCGUGCUUUGCAGUCCCCAUAUAUUGAUUAUGCCAGAAACGGCUUGAAGUGCAGCAAGGUUGCAAGUCGUGCAUAUGAUGUGGUAUGCUCGGCCACUAGAAGGUCAACCAGGAGUUCGAGUCAAAGCUCAAGCCAAGGAGAGUAUGUGCAACUUUUUCUUUUUUGACUGGCAUUUCCGCCUGUUAAACUCUCGAAUUCAUUUUGUAUUUUUGUUUUUUUAACUAUGACCCAUCUAUGUUGUACGCAGCGAGUUAUCCAGAUUACUAUGUGAGCUUGAAGCACCUUUCUGAAUCAGUUAAACCAGGUGGAAAAUUAUUCAACACAGUAGCUGAAAUUGCUAUAUAUGCAUUAAAAGACAGAAAGGCCAAGAUCCCUGUAAAACAAAUACUCCCACUAAGAAUAGCUUCUUUUCUACAAGAUGGGAUUCUGGAUAAUGGGGAGAUUAAUUGUGCUUUCCAAAGAAGCCUCCAUCACCUAGACCGUUCUCAAUUGGUCAUGUUUCCUGUAUUGCAAAAUAUUCGUUUCAAAAGGCUUGAUAGAACAGUGGGCCACUUCUUCCUUCUAGUCUUGAACCUAAGGGAAGAAAGGUUUGAAGUUCUCGAUUCUAUGAGGUCUCUCGCUGACAUUAACUUGAAGACAUGCUGCAACAAUUUGAUCACUGCAAUUAAGGAACUUUGGCGCAAACAUUACCCUAAUUCAAGGAAGAAUAUUGACAAGUACCAACUGAUUGAUAUUAAUGUUCCAUUGCAGUCAAACAAUCAUGACUGCGGGUUCCACAUGCUAAUGCACUGUGAACACUGGAAUGGUAUUAACAUGCCAGAGUUUAAGGAAAAAGAUAUGCCAACUAUUCGAAAGAUGCUCACAUACAAAUGGCUCCAACAUCCGGAAAACAAUAUUGCAUGGAGAUGUAAAAUGAAUAUUUGCUAGAAGAAAAGGAAGUUGUCUGAAAUUGUCAAGAAAGCUUGUAUCGGUUUCACUGAAGUGAUAGGAACAUUUAUAAGUGAGGUGUCCACAAUUAGUGAUGAUUCUGAGGAGCAAGAGGAGACCAGAACAGCUAGACGGAGAAGAACUACCAAUCCUAAUCAAAAGAACACAAAUGAAGACAAAGGGGAUGAGGAGCCCAGAAGAUCAACACGGAAAAGAACUACCAAUACUCACAAGCAGGAUGUUGAUGAAGAUGAAGAGAUCGAGGAGGACGAGGAGGAUGAGGAGGAGGAGGAGGAGGAUUGGAUGGAGGACGAGGAUGAGGACGAGGACGAGGAAGAUGAGGAGGUGGACAAAGAAGUGGAGCUAGAGGAUGAGGAGGUGGCCAAAGAAGUGGAGCUAGAGGAUGAGGGUGUCUCUGGUGAGGAUGAUGCAACCAACAAAGUUGAUCCACCGGCUGGUGAUUCAAGGGAAACAGAACCAACACCACUAGAAGUUGUUCCUUCUCAAUCAAGAAGGGAAAGGCUGAGGCUCCCUCCUCCUGCUAGUGUUGUGGAAAAGAAUGAAAAAUCAAAAAAGCACACUAAAGUUGAUGCACCGGCUGGUGAUUCAAGGGAAUCAGAACCAACACCACUAGAAGUUGUUCCUUCUCAAUCAAGAAGGGAAAGGCUGAGGCUCCCUCCUUCUGCUAGUGUUGUGGAAAACAAAGAAAAAUCAGAAAAGCACUCUAAAUGGGAUUUUGAUCCCCCACCAAUGGACAUUAUGAGAUUCAUUGAUUUUCCCACACCCCGUGAACGUCCACCAUCAAAGCCAAGUGAAUGUAAUUCAGAAAGGAACGCAAGGAAAUAUGAUGAUGAUUAUUUUUGGGACAAUUUAAGUGAAGAACAAUUUAAAGAACUUGAUGCCCAAAUUGAAGAUAUAGAAAGGAAUAGGACAGAUAAGUUACUUUCUAGCAGUGCAGUUAAGCAAACUCCUGUACCUACAGAUAACCCAAUUGAACAUUCAGAAAGGAAGCCAACAAGAGUUGAAAAGACAACAUCAGCUACAACCUAUGGUCUACAAUCUGCUCCCAGCACUUCACACACACCUGCGUAUCAACCUCCGCCUAGGAGGCCAGCACGACCAGGGCGUGCUUUGCAGUCCCCAUAUAUUGAUUAUGCCAGAAACGGCUUGAAGUGCAGCAAGGUUGCAAGUCGUGCAUAUGAUGUGGUAUGCUCGGCCACUAGAAGGUCAACCAGGAGUUCGAGUCAAAGCUCAAGCCAAGGAGACGAGAUCAUAAUCAGUUAUCCAGAUUACUAUGUGAGCUUGAAGCACCUUUCUGAAUCAGUUAAACCAGGUGGAAAAUUAUUCAACACAGUAGCUGAAAUUGCUAUAUAUGCAUUAAAAGACAGAAAGGCCAAGAUCCCUGUAAAACAAAUACUCCCACUAAGAAUAGCUUCUUUUCUACAAGAUGGGAUUCUGGAUAAUGGGGAGAUUAAUUGUGCUUUCCAAAGAAGCCUCCACCACCUAGACCGUUCUCAAUUGGUCAUGUUUCCUGUAUUGCAAAAUAUUCGUUUCAAAAGGCUUGAUAGAACAGUGGGCCACUUCUUCCUUCUAGUCUUGAACCUAAGGGAAGAAAGGUUUGAAGUUCUCGAUUCUAUGAGGUCUCUCGCUGACAUUAACUUGAAGACAUGCUGCAACAAUUUGAUCACUGCAAUUAAGGAACUUUGGCGCAAACAUUACCCUAAUUCAAGGAAGAAUAUUGACAAGUACCAACUGAUUGAUAUUAAUGUUCCAUUGCAGUCAAACAAUCAUGACUGCGGGUUCCACAUGCUAAUGCACUGUGAACACUGGAAUGGUAUUAACAUGCCAGAGUUUAAGGAAAAAGAUAUGCCAACUAUUCGAAAGAUGCUCACAUACAAAUGGCUCCAACAUCCAGAAAACAAUAUUGCAUGGAGAUGUAAAAUGAAUAUUUGCUAGUAUCCUCUUCUUCGGCUUCAUCAUUGUCAGAGUAGCAAGUGAUUCCAUCAACAAGCUGAGCAGCAACUCUCCUUUUCCUGCCAAAGCCUUCCUUGUUGCACACAAACUGCACCUUUUGUUUUUCUCUUGUGAUUGCAGACCGACGUGACGUGUUUGUUCUAAUCGAGAAGCCAGUUCUCUUUGCAUACGAGUUGUAGUACUCCCUUGCUUCGUCCAAGGUUGCAAAAGACAUCCCAUUGUGUGGCAUUUCAGGUGUAGACCACACCUCUUCCUCCUCUUCUGCUACUUCAGCAAAUACAGGAUUAGUAGUAGAAUCUUCAUUCCUGUCCUCUAUUCUUGCCUGUUCAAAUGACAAUCUGAUCUCAGAAAUGGUAGGAAGAAACUCUUCUGAAACUGCAGGAGCAUGACCAUCUUCAGAAAUACUAGGCAAAAUCGGUUGGUUCACAUGCUCAUCGUUAGGCUGAGGAAUUCCAGGAUUUGUGGACACUUGAGUGCAGAAGGUGCGAAGCUAUGUGCAGCAACUAACACAAGAAAGUUUAAUGCAUAGGAGUAACCAUGUGAAGCAGCUAACACAAGAAGAUUUUUAAUGUAGAAAGAUGUACAUCUGCAUGAGUGGUGCAUACAACAUAUAUCCAUGUCAUCUAAUGGGCACCAAAACGUACAGUGGUGUAGUAUUAAAUCUGCUGAUGUAGUAGGGAACUAUAGUACUAUGUGAUAAGAUCUGCUUUAUACAGAACAACUGAUUUGCUUAAGCAAAAGUGGUGAAUUGCUCAAAAGUUAGGAUAAGAUCUGCUUUUUCUUUGUAACAGAUCUGGCUUCUAGUAACAGAUCUGGCUAGUUUCUAUUUUUUUGGGACUUUUUUUUGUUGAAAGUAGUAGCAGAAGAAGCUGAUAGUACAAAGUUGUUGCACAAUCGCACGUACCUGCUUUUUUGUUCUUGGAUGUAUUAGCUUGCCUUUGUUUUGGAUGAAUCUGCCAGCUGCCUGGAUGGUGGCAGCGGCGCCAUGAGCAUCUCUGUUUUGAGGGUUGAAAGGGAAAAGCAAAACAGGGAAGAGGGGAAGAAGCUUCCAGGGGAAGAGGGGCGUGGGCCUGUUAUUUACUGGUGGGCUUUUUUGUCUUGGCGGGGUUGCCUUUUUCGGUUUUUCCUAAUACGGAGUGUGCGUGCGGUGUGCUUAACGCAUGCACGGCCGUGCAUUAGCCGCUUCCAAUUUAAAAUACUUUCAGUUGAUAUUGUGGUACAAUUGUAUUCUUUUCUAGACGAAGAAAGUAGUUAGGACUAAAAUUUGGUUAGAAUUAGGUAGCUAGUUGGCUAAGAGUAUCUCCAUC